UCGGUGCGCAGUAACAGUCCACAUUCCGACCUGCUUCUUCACAUAUAUUGCAGAGAGACUUUCUUUGUCCGAGUAAAAUCCCAGAGAGGCAGAGCAACGAUGGGAGGUGGUCAGAGGCGGACGACCCAGAGCCAAACGACGCCGUCUUCGUCCUCGUCGCUGUCCUCAUGCUGGUCGCAUUUCUGGUCGUCGGCUCUCAGAACCAAACCCUUGGUCUCUCCGUCAGAAUCCGCCGUCCGCACCAACUCCGGCGAUGGCCUUGUCCGUCGCCUCGGCAUGUUUGACCUCAUACUCCUCGGCGUCGGCGCUUCUAUUGGAGCCGGGAUAUUCGUCGUCACCGGCACCGUCGCCAAAGACGCCGGUCCUGGGGUCACUAUUAGUUUCAUUCUUGCCGGAGCAUCCUGCGUGUUAAAUGCACUCUGUUACGCGGAGCUAGCAUCUCGCUUCCCUGCCGUUGUUGGUGGAGCAUACCUUUACACAUACACGGCUUUCAACGAGCUCACUGCUUUUCUUGUUUUUGCACAACUUAUGCUCGACUAUCAUAUUGGUGCCGCUAGUAUAGCCCGGAGCUUAGCAAGCUAUAUCAUCACAAUUCUGGAACUUUUCCCAGUUUUCAAGGACCACAUUCCAGACUGGAUUGGACACGGUGGCCAAAAGUUCCUUGGGGGAGCUAUAUCAAUCAAUGUAUUAGCUCCAAUUCUCCUUGCACUUCUUACGAUAAUCCUCUGUCGUGGUGUGGGAGAAUCGUCUGCCGUGAACUCAUUUAUGACUGCAAUGAAGAUUAUCAUUGUUAUUAUUGUCAUCUUCGCUGGUGCUUUUGAGGUUGACGUUUCAAAUUGGACUCCAUUUACCCCAAAUGGUUUCAAACCAAUCCUGACAGGAGCAACAGUUGUAUUUUUUGCAUAUGUUGGAUUUGAUGCUGUUGCUAAUUCAGCUGAAGAGUCAAAGAGACCACAGCGAGACUUGCCAAUAGGAAUUAUCGGCAGCCUUCUAAUAUGUGUUGCAUUGUAUAUUGGUGUCUGUUUGGUGAUCACUGGGAUGGUACCAUUUUAUUUACUUGGGGAAGACGCUCCGUUGGCUAAUGCUUUUACAUCCAAGGGGUUGAGAUUUGUUUCAAUCUUAAUCAGUGUAGGUGCUGUUGCUGGACUUACGACUACCCUUCUAGUUGGUUUGUAUGUUCAGUCUCGAUUGUAUCUUGGGCUUGGAAGAGAUGGUUUACUACCUUCAGUGUUUGCUAGAGUACACCCAAAACUCCGCACUCCCAUUCAUUCUCAGGUCUGGGUUGGUAUUGUUUCUGGCAUUUUGGCAGGGUUGUUCAAUGUGAAGAUUCUUUCACACAUUCUUUCAGUUGGGUCCUUGACGGGCUACUCUGUUGUUGCUGCAUGUGUUGUUUCUCUUCGUUUCAAAGGUAAGGCAGCAAAUGAAGUAUCUUCUUCUACCUGGCGGGAAGGUGUCAUCUGCCUCUUCAUAGUGGCAUGCGGUGGUUUUGGUGCUGGGCUCUGCUACAGAUUUAGUGCUUCAAUCGUUUUUCUGGUCCUAACUGUAGUUGUGGCAAUACUUGCUCUUGCUGCUCUUUGCUUCCGGCAAGUUUAUGCGGAUCUCCCAGGGUUUUCUUGCCCUGGUGUUCCAUAUGUGCCAGCUGUGUGCAUCUUCUUCAACAUGUUUCUUUUUGCUCAGAUACACCAUGAAGCAUGGGUGAGAUUUGUCAUCCUCAGCAUCAUUGUAGUUGGUACUUAUGCAUUUUAUGGGCAAUAUCAUGCGGAUCCAAAUUCAGAGGAGACCAUUAUUUAUCACAGAACAUCAGCAGAAGAACGGUCUAAAACUGCUGUUGCAACAACGGAAGGGACUGCAACAUAAAGUCCAAAGGCUACCUGAGCCACACCGCACUUUUGAAAGCUUUUAAGUUGGUCUUUCGACGGAGAGCCUUUGUUGCAACUUUACUCCUCGGUGUCGGGGAUAUCAAACCGUAUGAAGUCUGGAGCGAUUUCACAACGGUCGAAAGUUAGGGAAAUAGAUCACGACCCCAGAUCAACAUAAUAUUACUUGCUACAAAAAAGUUCUCACAGGUAGCAGCUUUGCACAAUGUACUUGCAUAAUACUACUUACUACAUAAAAAGUUCUCAUUGGGAAAUGCCA